CAAAAAUAUAAUGAAUCCGAACAGGCAGAAAUUUUAGCCAAAUCAGAUAAAGUGGAUUCAGCAACUAAUAAUUCUUUUCAAGAAAGUACUGAUGAUAAUUCUGCUACUGGAUCUGAGAUUUUUUCAACUGCUAACUCUCUUCAGUCAGAUAAGUUUCGAGCAACUGUUUCAUGUGGUUGGGCUUUUUCUUGGAUUGAAAACCCUGAAAUAAAGAUGCUCUUUGA